UUUUUCCCCUACAUAAACUUUCUCAACACCCCUUAGUCAGAGCUUGUUUAAAAGGUUGAUGUUUCAUUUUGCUUUGUUUAUAUUUCUCUGUGUUUUUGUUUAAUCCAUCAAAAUGACGAAGUUUCCUCCUCAGAUUACCCCACAAUUUGAAGACUACUGGCCUUCAAUGCAACAAGCGAUUUCCAAGCUUCUUCAUCAACUAGAUGUAUCUAAGCUUGAAUGGCAAGAGCUCUUUUGGAAUGUACACAAUGUACUGCAGUGGGAUGAGAAAGCGAAAGAUAAACUCCAAGAUGCUCUUCAUCGCGAUGUCCUGGAAUUUAUUUCAGAGGCUCAAUCUACUGUUUUGUCUCACCAUGAUGACCAAUCCUUGCUUAAAGCAUAUGUGGCUGCUUGGAGUAAAUUUUUUGUGCAGUGUAAUUAUUUACCCUUACCAUUUGCCCCUCUGAUGACCAAUCCAAACAAGUCCAGCAACACUAAAAACACCAUAAAUGAAGAGAAUAUUGUUCGUAAACUGAUGUACAGUAGUUGGAAUGAAAACAUUUUUUCAAACAUCAAACACAGGUUACAAGACAGUGCCAUGAAACUUGUACAUGCCGAAAGAAACGGAGAAGCAUUUGAUACCCAGCUGGUAAUUGGCGUGAGAGAAUCCUUCGUAAAUUUAGGCUCUAAUGCCAACGACAAAUCUAUUUAUAUAGAAAAUUUCGAGAAAGCGUAUAUAGAGUCAACUGAAUCAUUUUAUCAUUCAAAAGCAGCUGAAUAUCUUUUAAGUUAUGGUGUACAGAGUUAUAUGGUUUGGGCCGAUAGUAAAUUGAAAGAAGAAAGCACCAGAGGAGCCAAAUAUCUUGAACCAUUUUCUCUUCCAGCGCUGAAUGAUACUUGUGUACGGGUACUUGUCACAAAUAAUAAAGAUCUUAUACUUUCGGAAUGUCUUGGUAUGAUUCAAGGAAACAAUACAAAUAAAUUGAAUCUCAUGUUUAAAUUGCUUGACCGUAUCGAAGAAGGUGUAGAACCCAUGUUGAAUUACCUCGAAGAACAUAUCGUUAAUCAAGGAUUAGCCGAUAUAAUGGCCUCAGCUGAAAUUAUCACUCAAGACUCUGAAAAAUACGUUGAAAAACUAUUGAACCUGUUCACCAAAUACAGCACUCUAGUCAAAGAGGCUUUUAAUGAUGACCCUAGGUUUUUAACUGCGCGUGAUAAGGCUUUUAAGCAAGUUGUUAAUGACACGUCGGUGUUCAAACUUGAGUUAGCAUCGAGGCCUAAAAUGAAUAAUGGACAAGCCACUAAGUUACCUCCUGAAUCAAGAUGCCCUGAAAUGCUGGCAAAUUUCUGUGAUAUGUUGCUCCGUAAAACACCAUUGAGCCGCAGAUUAACCUCGGAAGAGAUCGAAAUCAAACUUAAAGAAGUGCUUCUAGUUUUAAAAUAUGUAGUGAACAAAGACGUGUUCAUGAGAUACCAUAAAGCACAUCUGACUCGACGGCUGAUUUUGGAUUCAUCCGCUGAUAAUGAGAAAGAAGAAAAUAUGGUCGAGUGGCUUCGUGAAGUGGGAGUACCUGCUGACUUCGUAAACAAGCUAGCUCGUAUGUUCCAAGACAUAAAAGUUAGUGAGGAUUUAAAUCAACAAUUCAAAAACUCCCAAAAUGGAACCUCAGAAAUAAUUAAUAUAAAAAUAUUAAAUGUUGGUGCCUGGGCUCGGGGGAGUGAACGUGUCCAAGUAUCUCUUCCGCUAGAAUUGGAAGAUUUUAUUCCAGAGGUAGAAGAAUUCUAUAAAAAGAAGCACAGUGGGCGCAAACUACAAUGGUAUCACCACAUGUCAAAUGGCACGAUUUGCUUCAGUAACCAGUAUGGUAGGUAUGAUCUUGAUGUGACAACAUUCCAAAUGGCCGUUCUAUUCACGUGGAAUGAACGACCAACUGAUAAAAUAUCAUUCGAGAAUAUCAGGUUAGCUUCUGAACUUCCAGAUGCUGAGUUGAGACGCACACUUUGGUCAUUGGUGGCCUUUCCAAAAGUUAAAACACAGAUAAUUUUGUGCGACGUGCCUUUGAAAUCAAUGAAAGAUUUCACAGAUACAACAUUGUUCUGGGUAAACCAAGAUUUUCAUUUAAUCAAAAACGGUAAGCCACAACGAAGAGGUAAGCUUAAUUUGAUCGGACGUCUCCAGUUGUCUACAGAAAAGAGUGUAGAGGAAGACAACGAGAAGAUUGUUCAACUGAGAAUCUUGAGAACGCAAGAGGCCAUAGUAAAAAUCAUGAAAAUGCGAAAACGCAUUACCAACGCACAAUUACAGACAGAAUUAGUCGAGAUUCUGAAAAACAUGUUCCUACCAUCCAAAAAAAUGAUUAAGGAACAAAUAGAAUGGCUCAUUGAGCAAAAGUACAUGCGAAGGGAUGACGACAAUAUCGGUGUUUUCAUCUACAUGGCUUGAUAUUUUAAUUCCAUGCUGACUUUAUAAGUGACUGGAUUAAUUAAUUGUAUAAUUGUAACCAUAAUAAAAUCAACACACUUAUACUUACACAAUGAGUUAAGACUUUGAAACUAAAAUAAACAAGUGAAACGCUGAAAUGACAAAUCAAA